AAACACGACUAUGCGUUCGGGUCUAUCGGCGUUGUGGAUUGUCGAGAUGUGAACAUAUUAAACCUUGUUACUAAAAUCAACGUUAUGGACCUCCGUAGUGCUUUGGCUGUGUUGAUAGAAGGUUACGCUUUAAGAAUAAAAGCGAUCUACGUAGUUUCAACAUCAAAAGCAAUUGACGCGUUUGUGACCCUACUGAAACAAGUUGUCAGUCACAAAGUGUCAGACAGGAUCUAUGUGCUCAAAACUGUUGAAGCUAUACAUGAGUUUGUGCCUAAGGAGGUCCUGCCCAAAGACUAUGGUGGGGAUCAGAUGACGCUGAAAGAGGUUUCAGAAAACUGGAAAAGAGUUCUAAGCGAGAAGGAGAACGUGUCGUACUUCAGGAGUAUGUUCAGAGCGAGAACUAACGAGAACUAUCGCCUGACUGCCGCUUACAACGCCGAGGUGUUGGGCAUGCCGGGCUCUUUUAGGACUUUGAAUAUAGACUAG